GACGGCGAACGCCAGUACGCGUCUGACACUCGCUGCGAUCAUGCGAUUGUACUCGUUUACCGAACGGCGCAUUGAUCCUCUUCGAUCACUGAUCCCCGGUGUUGUGCCGAUUAAAGUGCUCCCAGGGUCCUAACUCAUUUUCUGUACCGGUUCUUUUCGCUGUAGUUGUUCCUCAAUCUCGGUGGUAGGGUUUCGUCGAAAUAAGAAUCGUCAGUGAGCCACGAUGGAUCGAACGGGAUCGAAGAACGUCACGCGAUAUUGAUAUGAUACUUUCUCGUGGAAUCAGACUGUGCAAAGUGAUAGAAUCGAUCGAAGGGUGGAGGACGGGAGGGGGCGAUCGUAAAGGAUCGCGAGAGACACGGUUAAAAGUGGGCCUCGAACGGUCCCCGGGUACCUAAUGGCACCCGACCUUGAGAAGAGGCGGCAAGAACUCAGGAAGACCAACAGCGGCACCUUGGAACCGGGCCACGAGUACUUCCAAAUGCUCCUUCAGCUACGGUGCACCGGAAAUCCACUGACCGAGCCCUAUCGACACGGUAACAAUGCAGGAGGUAGAUCGUCGUCGACGGUGACAAACUCGGUUCAAAGGAGCACCGUGACGUCGAGUAACCGCGCGCAUUCCGCCUCGAGGAGGAUUAGUCACCAGCAACGACAGCAACUGCAGCAACAACAACCGCCCCAAGCACAGCAGCAGCCGCAGCAGUCGAGAAUACCGUUGGCGUCCUUACGAAACUCGGAUGAAAACGGGUCGAGGGCCAGCUCGGCACAGGACGUUUGCGACAACUCGAACGACUCCGGGCUCGGCUUCGAAGAACGUCAACAACAUCUCAGCACAGCAAACGCUUGGAACGGUGCCGGUGAGGAGGACUCGAAGAGGAGGAAGAUGGACAUCAAACUCGAGUCCGAGGACGCGAACUUCGCCUUCCCUGAGGUCGCGCAUGCUGUCAGUCCCGAGAGCAAAACAGCCAGCAGAAGCACGUCGAACGGAACGAGCGGACUGGCGACGAUUUCCGGAAACAGAAACGGAAACGGAACUACGGGAAGGGUAGUCGAGGUGUCGAGAUCUCGGCCAGGCUUGGGCGUCCUCGCGAAGAGAUCGACGCCGACUCAACAGGGUCCUAUCACUCUCACAUCUCAACUGUGCAGCGCUUCCUCGGACGGGAAGGUGCAGCUACAAAUAAUAUGCCAGCCGGAGCAACAGCACAGAGCCCGUUACCAGACGGAAGGAUCAAGGGGAGCGGUGAAGGAUCGGACCGGAAACGGUUUCCCGAUCGUCCGUCUGGUCGGUUACGACAAACCCGCCACCCUGCAGGUCUUCAUCGGAACGGAUCUAGGUCGCGUCGCGCCACACAUGUUUUAUCAAGCCUGCCGCGUGAGCGGAAAAAAUUCUACGCCCUGCAUCGAACGGAAGAUCGAUGGGACGAUCGUCAUCGAGGUCGAUAUGGACCCGACGAAAGACAUGAUGGUUACGUGCGACUGCGUGGGCAUUCUGAAAGAGAGGAACGUCGACGUGGAGCACAGAUUCCCGCAGGAGGCCGGGGUACUACAGGGACGCAGUAAGAAAAAGUCGACGCGCUGUCGGAUGGUCUUCCGGACGAGCAUCACUCAUCCCGAUGGGACCAACGAAACCCUACAAGUCUGCUCUCAACCAAUCGUUUGUACUCAGCCACCGGGCAUACCGGAGAUCUGCAAGAAAUCAUUGACGUCGUGUCCGUGCACCGGCGGAUUAGAAUUGUUCAUACUCGGAAAGAACUUUCUUAAAGAUACUCGCGUAGUGUUUCAAUUGGACAACGACAAUUUGACGAGCAGCUUGGAAUCACAUUGGGAAUGCACGGUGUUGCCCGAUAAGGAGUUCCUGCAACAGACGCAUCUAGUGUGCGUCGUCCCCGCGUACAGACGGCAAGAUCUAGCACCCUCGGAAACGGUCAGCGUGAAAUUGUACGCGGUUUCAUCUGGGAAAACGAGCGAGCCUCAUAAUUUCAUUUACACCGCGGCGACCACGCCACCCGAGCCGUCCGUGGGCAAGAUCGAGCCUAUAACUCCUCCAUUGGUGACCACGAACAGUGAAACCACCCUGGCAACGUCUCCUGCUGCGGUCUCCCUAGCUACGGGUGUAUCAUCGAACACUCUGAUCCCGCAGACGGCCGCAGGAACGACGAAUUUUUUGACGGCGAUGCAACCGCAGCAAUCGUCGUCACAAACGACGGAAGCUCUAAAGAGCGAUCCGAGCCCACCGCCGGUGACGGCAUCCUCUCAGGUAACGCCAGUUAUGAUGUGGGCCACGCAAAAUCCUAAUUGCCAAAAUUCAUCGCCUGACGUGAUGAUGCCGCCACCAGCAUUGGUAGCGAAUCCGCUUCUAAACCGUAGAUCCUCCUCGAGUCUUCAAUUAAUUUUACCGGAUAAUUUGAAAACGGAGGUCCUAGACGAGAAUAGUGAAAAUAGUAUGAUUAGCGAGAACAGCAUGCAAAGUAUACCGACGCCCACGACGAACGGAUCGUCCGGCGCCAGCCCGUUGCAAGGGCUCGUUACCGAGGGCUCUAGAGAAACGACGCAGGCUAAUAUGAUCAGAUCGGUACCAGUGACGGCGAACGGCUCACCGGUUCAGGAGACUGUUAACCUUCUCGACGUGGUCGAUCUGAUCCGAAACCAGCACCCGAUGUCGAUGGUUUCGACCCACCAGAACACAUUCGGAGGUAUGCACACAGAAUCGUCUCAAGUCAAAGUUCUAAGUCCUCAGCAUAUCAGCAAAGAAACUAAUCCGAUAUUGCCGGCAGAAGGCAGUCCUAACGGAAGUCAUCAGAGCGGCGGUGUAGUUGACCUACGGAUGAAACACCAUCAAUCGGAGUUCGACACGCUCUCGAAUUUCACGUCUGCCUCGAACGGGCAGCUGCCUGCCCAGAGCGGACAAAGUGUCGAGAAAUACUUGAACGAUAUCGAGUCAAAAGACCCCGAGAACCAAGAGAACGGGUUCGUCGGCACGAUACAGCAACGGGCUUCCAUUAUCACUACCGGACGGCAACCUCAGCAAGGACAGGCUUCCAAUAUUCUAGCUUCGCCGCCGCCAGGCAUCAAGCUAGAUAAUCUCGUUAACUCCGCCGCGGAAUCUCAUCAGUUGGUGUCGCCGUUGCAUACCGUGAACCAGGACAAUAACGCUAUGAUGAGUCACGUGUCGGCGGUACCCGAUCACGAGACGAUCCCCAGUCCUCAACAGAAUCGAACUAGCCCGCCGAUACCCGUUAAAACGAUGCUCCUCGAAGCAUUGAUGCCACCCCAAAGCGUGCCGGCGCUUCCAGUGAACGGUGCGACGUCCGUUCCAUCCCCCGGGUCGGUAGUCCAAGAGCAAUCGAACGGCGACAGUUUACUCACGACGAUCAACGCCGCUCUUAUGCCCGCGAUGCAGGAAACGCCUGUCACCGCGACUGGCACGCCUAACUCUACCGUCACCGUUCCGUCUCACAACCCGUUACAAGUCACGGACGAGAGUAUGACCACGACGACCGAGCACAUACCGCAGAUCGGUCUCACUCAGCAAGACGUCGUGGCGAUGCAGCAGGCCCAGCAAGUCGAGCAAGUCGUCGCCCAGGCGCAGCAACAAGUCGAGCAGGUCGUCGCCCAAGCCCAGCAGCAAGCGGUCCAGGCUGUGCAACAAGCUCAACAGCAAGUCGUCCAGCACGUGGUGCAACACGCGCAGGUCGUACAGCAAGCAGUACAACAAGUGCAAGCGGUGCAACAGGUACAAGCUGUGCCGGCUGUGCAACAGGCCGUACAGCAAGCCACCCAAGAGGUCGUCCAGCAAGCAGUCCAGCAGGCCACGCAGGAGGUGGUGCAGCAGGUUCAAGCGGUUCAGCAAGCUGUGCAGCAAGCGCAAGCCGCGCAAGCUAUGCAACAGGCGGUUCAACAGGACAUCGGAUCUAUGUUGAAUCAGCCGGCCGGUUUCGUUGCCGAGGCUAGUUCCGCUCUGGCGAGCGGAGCUGCCCAGGAACCGUCGCAGCAGAGAUUGACGAACGCCGCGGAACAGGCGAUCAAUAACGUGAUCACUGUCGCGACGCAGGAUAUCAUUAACAAUAGACCGAUCUCGACGACCACCGCCCACGCGAUCAUCGCAACGAAGAAUAUAUUGAACAGUGUCGCCACUCAGAGCGCGCAGUUGAUGAACAGCGCGAUGGAGGGCAUCUUGCCCAAGUCGCCCUCCAAUCAAAACAAUAUCGUGGAGCAGGUGACGGUAAGCAAGUCGCCACCGGUUCCCUUACCCGUGACACCCAAUAGACAAAACGUGAACCCACCUAUAACAAAUACGGCGAACAAUACGAACGGGACGGCCGUGAGAAAACAGGAAGACGGCAUGUUGCCGCAAGAACUGACUUCAAUGUUGGAGCAUGAUCUGUUGAGCUACAUAAACCCGAGCUGUUUCGAUCCGCAGAACGAUUUCCUUAUGUAGUACUGCCGUAUUCUUGUCAUUAAAAUAAAUUGCAAUCCGUCUAUUCGACGUGUCGUUCAGACACGUGAAGAGGGGAAACGGGGGAGUGGGAGGGGAAGGAAUGAAAGGAGACGGAAGGGGAGAGACAAACUAAGAAUGAGAACUAAUUACAGUCCAGCCGGUACGGGUACGAGAGAUAUUAUAUUCUUGGCUCGGUACGAGUUGUAUAUCUGUGCCACAUCGUCGUUCCAGACUUUGUAAUGUGAUAGAAAAUAUGAAACCCGAUUUUAUAUAUGUAUGAUGAAAAUGGACGAAGUUUAUGCACCACCUUUGUAACGAUUGCACGAGAAAAACAAACGACUAUUAAUCAUGUUAAGUAAGACGGGCGCACGAGCGAGCGCGACAAUUAGGGGUUUCCUUUUAUUCUUCCUUUGUUUCUUUUCUACGAGUUGUCAAGCCGUGAUAAUUCAUUUUAUUUAUCUUCAUUGUACGUCUCUUGCGCAUCCGAGGUGCCUUUUCUCUUAUCGUAACGUGUGUAUAAUCUGACAUCGUAAUCUUUCUAAGCGAGGGGAGAAAGUAGAAUGUGAGAGCAUCGUAAUACGCGUGUAGAACGUGCGCGCGUAGUAAUCGACAAUGUACUGACCCCACUCAACUUUCUUAAGCAGAGCCACGGGAAUUGAGUGCAGUUAAAUACGAAAAAGGAGAAUGAAAUUA